UAGAUGUUUUUUAGCUGUUGCUUUCUAUUUUUCGUGUGACAAUUAAACUUGUGCUUUCUCCCAGUAUGGCUGAUACUAAUGAUAUUUUUAUGCAAAAUGGAAAAGGAGAAGAUAGGAAAUCUGCUGAAGAAAUGGAUGCGUUACGUCAAAAAAUGUUAGCAUAUGAAUAUCUGUGUCAUCUGGAAGAAGCUAAGAAAUGGAUGGAAGCUUGUCUGAGAGAGUCAUUGCCUCCAACAACAGAAUUAGAGGAGAAUCUACGCAAUGGAGUAUAUCUGGCAAAACUUGGUCACUUUAUGGCACCUGAUAUUUUGCCAUUGAAUAAAAUCUAUGACUCUGAGCAGCGUAGAUACAGAGUUAUAGGAUUACAAUUUCGUCACACAGACAAUAUAAACCAUUUUUUAAGAUGUUUGAAAUGCAUGCAACUACCAUUGACAUUUCAACCAGAAACCACAGAUAUAUAUGAUAAGAAGAACAUGCCACGAGUAAUAUAUUGCAUCCAUGCUCUUAGUACACAUUUAUUUAAAUUGGGGAAAGCACCGCAGAUACAAGAUUUAUAUGGAAAAGUAAAUUUUACAGAUGAAGAGAUUGACACUGUUAGUAAAGAACUACGAAAAUAUGGCAUUCAAAUGCCUGCCUUCCAAAAAAUAGGAGGUUUAUUAACUAACAAUAUUACUACUGAUACUGCUGCUCUUCAUGCUGCUGUAAUCGCAGUUAAUCAAGCUGUAGUGAAGAAAGAUAACACAAUGGUAUUACAAGCACUUCAAUGUAAAGCAACACAGUUAAAUAAUAUUAUGCCUAUUCAUAUUGAAAAUUACACCCAAACAUUGUCAGAAGCUAAAGUUAAAAAGGUAGAAGCUGCACUUAACAGAUCUCUCAAUGACAGUUAUGAGCCAGAUGCAUAUGAUGAAUUAUUAACGCAAGCUGAAAUACAAGGACACAUUAAUUAUGUGAAUGCUCAUUGUGCGCUAAAAGCUAUUGUUUCAUCUGUAUAUUGUAAAAAUAAUCAAAUAAUAUCUGCUCUGAUGAUACAGACGUUAUCUCUCAAGAAUAUAAUACCUGAAAAUGCUGAAAUAUACAACGAAGAACUGAGACGGCUAUUCGAGAGCGCCGAGUGGCACGACAUAUUUUCUAAAAGCAUUCACUACUGGAGAAAUCUGCUUCAGAACUCGAUUGAUGAGGGAAACGAAAUUGCACUAAAAUAUCGCAAGCGAGAGGAAACUGUGACACGUUUAAAUAUGGCUUUAUUACAAAAUACUGAUGAAGAGAAAUUUUACGAAAUCUUGCGGAGCCCUUACUUGGGAAUUGCUCGUCACAUCGAUGAAUUUGCAGUCCCAUUAUACUACCAGGAGAUGAAAGAAGAUCGCUUUGAAUCGGAGGAUAAUAUUACUUACGACGACAUAGUAGUCAGCAUAACUGUGUUAACCGCUAUCGCAUCUAUUUCCAAAGCGGUAGACACGGCAAAUCCAGACCUUGUAUAUGAAAAACUGUCGAGUGCCGACGCACGUAUAUCCGACCUAGACGAAGACAAUAAAGUGAAAUAUACCCAGGAAUUGGCGAAUACUCGACACGAAAAGCAACUAAGUAAUCUGAAGUGCUCUUUGUUAACUUACAGUGAUAUUCAAAUAUGCAUCGAUUCAGUAAACUCACAGUGCAUUAAAAACUCUGAAGUCAUAGAGAUUUUACAACGAUUAAAUCGGGGCGUAAUUGAGAACGAUUAUGAUAGCUUGACGGAGACUUUUAAAACGAUACGUGCGAAGCUCAAUAUACACAUGUAUUCGUACGACAUAACACUUUAUCUAAAGCUGUUCAAGAAACGCUUAAUAGAGAAACAAUCUGAUGGGUCUGAGUUAUGGCUAGAUGACAUUGAAACUAUAGCGGAAAUGGUUAAAUCUGAAGACAUGAAAGUCGAAAAUAUGAUUACAUUUUUGCAUGAUAUUAAUGAUGCUGUGGAACGGGAUAAUAUGCCAGAUAUAAUUGAUUGUCUUCAAACAUUCGGAUGUACACUCGAUGAAGCAUAUCACGAGGAAUGUUAUCAAUCAUUACGACAGUUACAGAAGCGAAAACGCGAAAUGUACAGCUCCUCGUACGUUUUAUAUAUUACUGAUGACGGAAAUGAAGCUUAUAUCGAUGUAGACAACGGUGGGUAUACAUGGGAUCAACCAACAGACAUUAUGGAAUCUUGCUAUAUCACGAGGGAAGAUGUAAAAGAAAUAAUUGAAUCUAUUGGCGUAACAUCGAAGGAACGUGAGGAAUUUCACGAAAGUAGAAUAUUCGAAGAAAUCAUCAUCAGAUUUCAGGCUUAUAUUCGGGGAUAUUUGCUGCGUAGAAAGAUUCACGAAAUACGCUCUCAGUUUAAAAAGAAUGUAAGGAAAGUUAUCACGAUACAAGCAUGGUGGAGAGGCGUUAUGCAACGUAAACGAUAUCUCAAGUUUCUGGAAAAAAAACGACAAGAUGCAACAUUAAAUAGGGACGAAUCAUUAAACGCGAUAACAAUGGAUAAUUAUGAUAUAUUAAAUCUAUAUAAGAACAAACAAGAUAUUAAGCGGAUUAUAAAGAUACAGGCCUUGUGGCGUGGCCGAAUAUCCAGGAAAGCUUUUCAUUCGUUGCUGUACUCGGAAAAACCGUCAUUCGCUGUGGUCAGACAUUUUUCAACGGUAUUAGGUUUCAACGCGGAAGAUUAUGACAAGGAUCUGGAGCUACAGAAAUUGAAGCUGGAUGUUGUGCAGGGUAUAAAGCACAAUCAAAAUCUGUCGCAGCAGCUGGAUAGUAUGUACGUCAAAAUAGGAUUGUUGAUCCAGAAUAGAAUAGCAUUACAGGAUGUGGUAGUGCAUAGCGAGAACCUGGAUACUCUUGCAAAGGAGAAGAAUGAGACUGAGGAUCAGGCGAUUGUAAACGACAGUAUUAUGACGAAAGCGCACAAGGGUCUUAGAUCGCUGACGAAAGAGGGCCGUAAAAUGCUGGAGGGAUACCAGCACUUAUUUUACGCGUUGCAAACAAAUCCGCAGUAUUUGUCGAAAUUGUUGCACUUGCCUCCUCAGGGCAAGACGAACAAAUUAUUUCUGAAAAACGUUAUCCUGACAUUGUUCAAUUUUGGUUCGAACACGCGAGAGGACUAUCUACUGCUGAAGCUUUUCGGCAGCGCGUUAAGGGAAGAGAUUAGAUGCAAUUGCGACAAACCCUCAGAUGUCUUGACCGGCAAACCGCUUGUGCGCGAGAUGGUGGUGAGUUACGCGAAACAGUUGAGCGGUCAGGGAUUAUUGAAGCAGGUCGUGGGACCAUUAAUCGAAAAAGUCCUAGGAGAUGGAAGUCUGUAUCUCGAGACGAAUCCAUCCGACAUAUAUAAGAUGUGGCGAAAUCAGCUGGAAAUGGAAUCCGGCCAAAUUCAAGACAUGCCUCAGACGGUGUCUCGAGAGAGCGCAUUGAAUUUUCCUCACGUGAUCAGAGCGUUGAACACAACAAUAAAUAAUCUGAAAAGUAUCUCUCUCGAGUUUCUGAAUAAAAUAACGGAAUCUCGCGAUUGGAUACCAUACGGAAUGCUUUACAUGGCGAAGGUCCUGUACGAUUCAUUAACAGAUAAGUUCCCGCACGCUCCUGAGAAGGAUAUUUUGAAGGCCGUCGGCAAUUUAAUUUACUAUCACUUCAUCAAUGCUGCAAUCGUAGCGCCCGACACCUUUGACAUCGUGUCGUUGCCGGUUGACAAGUCGUUAUCCAGCAACCAGAGGCGGAAUCUGGCCACGAUUGCCAAGAUUUUGCAGUUCGCCUCCACGAAGAAGGGUUUCGGCGACGAGUCACCACAUUUGGGAUGUCUUAAUCAGUUCAUAAUCGAUUGCCACGAACGGUUUAAGAGCUUUUUCCGACACUGUUGUCAGGUGGAGGAUCUCGAAGAGCACUUCAAUAUUCAUGAGUACACGGAAGCUACGCUUAUACAAAAACCGGAGAUUUGUAUAUCCUUACAGGAAAUAUGUGACAUACACAAUUUGGUGCUGAAGUAUCAGGAUGAGAUAGCGCCAGAUCAAUCUGAUCCUUUGCACGACUUGCUGGAAGACUUAGGUCCGGCUCCAACUGUGGCAUCGUUACUCGGAAUAUCUCAAUCGACAUAUGAAGCGAAUUUACCGCGAUAUAGCAAGACCGAGGUCUGUUUGGUGUUGACUAACAAGUACCAAGUGCCGCGACAUGACGACGCUAAUCUAAAUAAUCUUUUCAUACAAGCGAAAGAGUUGCUCGUCUCGGUUCUUCCGUUUUUAAAGAGGCAGACUUUAAUGGAAUCUUUGGAAACCACUUGUUCUCCGAUGUACGUGAAGCUGUACGAUCAUGAACAUUCGAUAGCAGCUCCGACAUUACAUGUUAUUCGUGAGAGCUCUUCCAUAAACGACUGCAAGCUGCAAUUACGCUCGUACCUGCACAAACUCGAACUCGAGGGAUGGGUUAGCCGUGUGGAUGGUUAUCAAACGAUUGUGACUGCUAUAGCGAAGGAUAUUUGCAACAAGAAGAAGUACCGUGUUAUGAGAGAUAAGGAACUGCAAACACUGCGUGCGACUAAAGAACGAUUGGAGGAGAAGACCAAGUAUUACGAGGAGCAAGUUGAAUUCUAUAAUCAGUACAUACAACGUUGCCUUGAAAACUUACACACCGGAAAAGGUGCACGUCGUGCCUAUCAAGCACUGCAGAAAGAUACGCACGGCAAACUGAGAUCCAAAAUGACGUUAAGAUAUUCCGCCUGGAAGCUGCAAGAGAAGGGCGUGCUGGUGGAGGUCGACGGUUUAACACAAACGGAGCUGAGAAACGUCAUCUUCGAAAUAAGCCCAACAGAGCAUGGCGGUCUCUUCGCGGUGAACUGCCGUUUUAUGGGCCUCGAGAUGGAGAAACUCGACAUCAACAUACAGGAGUUACUGCAACUGCAAUACGAAGGUGCGUCUAUUAUGAAUAUGUUCGACAGGGCGAAGGUCAAUGUGAACUUGCUCCUGCAUCUCCUUAAUCGGAAGUUUUACGGGAAGACCUGAAUACAACCUCGCUCGAAAACGCAUAUCGGCAAAGUUUGAGAAACCAAAUUCUUGAACGAAAAUGAAGUUGAUUCGACGCGUAUCAUCUACGUGCAAUUUAUUGCUAGCCGAACGUACUUA